CAGCGGCGGCGGCGCGUGGAGCAGACCGCAGUGCGGCCGGCGCUAGGACCCGCGGGGGCCUCCCAGGCCGCGGCGCCUCCCGCUUACCCCCACUCCCCGACCCUCCUUCGCCCCCAAAAUGAGGAAACGGAGCAACUCGCUCCAAGUUGUGCAGCCGGGACCACCUCAGGGUGCGCAGCCGGCUCGCGGAGGCCCUCCUGGGGGCGGGCGCGGGGCGCGGCCCGGGGGCGCCCCCUGAGCAGGUGGACGGGGUCCUCUGCUUAUCUCCGCGCACCUGCGUCCGAGCCCCGUGCGUUUCUGUGCGUGUACAUGCAUCUGUAUGCGUAAAAGAGGAAGAACCAGGCUGGAUCCAGUGGCACCCAGCUCCCUGCCUCCUGUGCCAACCACCAGCCUGUGGCAGGCCAUUCCCAGCGCCCCCAACUGUGGCCACUUGCUCAGUGUGCCUCUCCCCUGCCUCAGUUUCUCUCUGGGGGCGAUGGCGGGGCGAGGCUCCCUGGUUUCCUGGCGGGCAUUUCAUGGCUGUGAUUCUAAUAAGGAACUUCCUCGGGUGAGCCCCAGCUUCCUCCGAGCCUGGCACCCCCCACCCGUCUCAGCCAGGAUGCCAACGAGGCGCUGGACCCCGGGCACCCAGUGUAUCACCAAAUGCGAGCACACCCGCCCCAAGCCGGGGGAGCUGGCCUUCCGCAAGGGAGACGUGGUCACCAUCCUGGAGGCCUGCGAGAACAAGAGCUGGUACCGCGCCAAGCACCACACCAGCGGGCAAGAGGGGCUGCUGGCGGCCGGGGCGCUGCGGGAGCGGGAGGCCCUCUCCGCGGACCCCAAGCUCAGCCUCAUGCCGUGGUUCCACGGGAAGAUCUCCGGCCAGGAGGCAGUCCAGCAGCUGCAGCCGCCCGAGGACGGGCUGUUCCUGGUGCGAGAGUCCGCGCGCCACCCCGGGGACUACGUCCUGUGCGUGAGCUUCGGCCGCGACGUCAUCCACUACCGCGUGCUUCACCGCGACGGGCACCUCACCAUCGACGAGGCCGUGUUCUUCUGCAACCUUAUGGACAUGGUGGAGCAUUACACCAAGGACAAGGGCGCUAUCUGCACCAAGCUGGUGAGGCCAAAGCGGAAGCACGGGACCAAGUCGGCCGAGGAGGAGCUGGCCAGGGCAGGCUGGUUGCUGAACCUGCAGCAUUUGACACUGGGAGCGCAGAUUGGAGAGGGAGAGUUUGGAGCUGUCCUGCAGGGUGAGUAUCUGGGGCAAAAGGUGGCCGUGAAGAACAUCAAGUGUGACGUGACGGCCCAAGCCUUCCUGGAUGAGACAGCCGUCAUGACGAAGAUGCAGCACAAGAACCUGGUGCGUCUCCUGGGCGUGAUCCUGCACCAGGGGCUGUACAUCGUCAUGGAGCACGUGAGCAAGGGCAACCUGGUGAACUUUCUGCGGACCCGGGGCCGAGCCCUCGUGAACACCGCCCAGCUCCUGCAGUUUUCUCUGCACGUGGCCGAGGGCAUGGAGUACCUGGAGAGCAAGAAGCUGGUGCACCGUGACCUGGCCGCCCGCAACAUCCUGGUCUCCGAGGACCUGGUGGCCAAGGUCAGCGACUUUGGCCUCGCCAAAGCAGAGCGGAAGGGGCUGGACUCGAGCCGGCUGCCUGUCAAGUGGACGGCGCCCGAGGCUCUCAAACACGGGAAGUUCACUAGCAAGUCGGAUGUCUGGAGUUUCGGGGUGCUGCUCUGGGAGGUCUUCUCCUAUGGACGGGCUCCGUACCCUAAAAUGUCACUGAAGGAGGUGUCAGAGGCCGUGGAGAAGGGGUACCGCAUGGAACCCCCCGAGGGCUGUCCAGGCCCCGUGCAGGUCCUCAUGAGCAGCUGCUGGGAGGCGGAGCCCGCCCGACGGCCGCCCUUCCGCAAGCUGGCAGAGAAGCUGGGCCGGGAGCUGCGCAGCGCGGGCGCCCCGGCCUCAGUCUCAGGGCAGGACGCCGACGGCUCCACCUCGCCCCGAAGCCAGGAGCCCUGACCCCACCUGGCAGGGCCUCUGGCCCCAGGGGACCGAGAGAGUGGGGAAUGCGGCAUGGGAGCACCGGCCAGGCCCGAGGAGGGUCCAGGCCAGCGAGGUGUCCUCCUGGUGCCCACAGCAGGGGCUGGCCCGCGUAGGGGGCUCCGGGCGGCCCGUGGACACCCCAGACCUGCGAAAGUGAAGGAUGAUUGCCUUGAUAAAGAUGGAUUCAGAGGAC